GAAAAUCUAUCCCAGACCUUCGAGUCUUUUAAAGAUACCGUUAAAAAAGACAGCGGACCUGUAGCUAUUCAAAGAAAGCAGACAAAGAAACAUAGGAGAGAGAGAUCUCCAUCACUGCCUGAGCUCUCAUCAGGGGAAUGUUCAGCAGGUUCAGCAGUACUUAAAGCCCAGAGUGUGUGGCUUCAAGCCCUAGAAGAAUCUCAUGGGAAAAUCAGAUAA